AUGGAGGGCACCUUCAACCUAAAGACGGCUUCCGAAUACAUCAACAAUUUACUACUCGCACGCGGCUUACUACGCGAUGGCAAGAAAAUACAGUUUGCGCAUCCGUCACGAGGAGAGGGAGGGAAGGAAGUCACAAUGGCCCAGAUAAUCAACCUGGUGCACGAUCUGUUGUUGAAGCGAGACCGUGAUCAAGAACAGCGAGAGACAGUUGCCGGCACCCUUCGAAACCUGCGCAGCGAAGCUACGCGCCAGACGCUCGCCAUCGAGAGGCUCCAGACGAAGAAUGCAGACCUGGCGCGACAAGUUUCCCUCGCUCAAUCGCAAGAGCGCUCUGCACGCGCUGCCCUCCGAACCGCCGAAUCGUCUGCCCGCAGUCUACGCGAAGAGAUGGUGCGACUCAAGACUACAGUUCAACAAGUGCGAACUAGCUGCGCGAAUGAUAUACGAAAACGUGAGGUCCAAAUACAGCGGUUGAAGACGCAUUUGACCAGCCAGCAGCGUGGGAACAAGACAGGUCUAGUCGGCGCGAGCAUUACGAUCAAUCCUGGCAUUACAGGCGCGGGAGGGCUGACAUCCAGUAUGCGUGACGAUGCGCCCAAUGUCGAUGACCCUCAAUACAGUCUAAAGCAAGAAACGACCGAGUUCCUUACGCAACUUAGCCAGACUCUGAGCGAUGAGAACGACAACCUGAUUGGUUUGGUGAGGACAGCCAUCACUACCCUCAAGGAGCUACAAGGCAUACCAGAAGAACGAAACGAAGGCGAGGAUUUGUCGGUCAUCAAAGAGGAGGAGGACAGGACAUCACAAGGGAUGCUUCACGCGCUACCCACAAGCUACGAGGCAUUGGCUACCGAAUUAGACACGCUGCUGGAGAAUCUAAAGCACCUUCUGACGAACCCCAAUUUCGUGUCCAUCGAUGAGGUAGAGUCGCGAGAAGAGGAGAUACAUAGGCUGAGAGCAGGCUGGGAGAAGAUGGAGACCAGACUAAGGGAAGCUUUCAUGCUGAUGGAGACAUGGAGAAGACGCAUGGCUAGUGGAGGAGAUACAAUUAACCUCGACGAGCUCAAGAUGGGUCUUGGUCUGGGCCUGGGACUGGAGUCAGUAAACAGGGAGGACAUGUCCUUGAUCGCAGAGGACGAUGAAGAAGACUUUGAAGAGGAGGGCACGAGCUCUGUCUUCGACGAGGAUGUAGAUGAAGCAGAGGAUGCAGAUGAACCCCAAGAUCCACCAUUUCUAGAGGCGCCAUUACGCGAAAAGACACCGGCCUCAGAGAUAUUCAACUUGAAGCUGCAACCAAAUCCUGCAGCGCUUAAGUUGACCAACGGCAAUCCCAAAUCACCCUCUAGAUCGCCCCGCAAAGUCGCAUUCUCAGCGUCGAUCCCCAACACACCUUCUCAGGUGGAGGACGAGAACACAGAGGCAUCCGAGCUCAACCUUGUCGGUGUGGAAAAGCCCACGCGCCCAACAUCCCGUUCUGAUGAGCGCACAUCCCGGUCGAUAAGCAAGGAUGAACGGCCACCUCGUAGCGUACGUUGCGACCUCAUUGUGGACAAGCUCUGCAAACUGGCGAGCAAAGACACAUUCUCUUCCUCUCCCUCAUUCUCAACACUCGACGCAAUAACCGCUCUCGCUUCUAACGAAGACUGGCAGGCAAAGAAGCGGCACUCGAGCCCACAUGCGCACCCAGACGAACCGUCGCCCAAGCUGACCGUGCAGGAUAAGCUCAAAGUCGCGCAGGCGGAGGCGGCAGCAGCCGCUACUGCCGAAGCAUUGCAGGUCAGGUCGGCCAAGAAAGAAAGGCAUGAUGCUGAAGGUGUGGAGCGAGAGCGAAAGCAGAGGCGGCCAAGUCGGUCGUCGCCAAUGAAGACUCGUAUCGGUGGGCGACCCAAGCGGAGAAAGAGCACACUUACGCCUGAAGAGCUAGAUACUCUGCUCGGAGUAUAG